AUGGAGGGUGUGUGGGCGGUUGGCUGUGACAGUGGCGUCCACGCGACGACAGACACCACUGCAGUGUACACAUGCAACUCGCUGCUGUGCACUCUGGACACGCAAAGCAACACAGUCACUCCGCAAAUCGUGGAUCCAGAUGCGCCCGUGUUUGCGCUUGCCGCCAGCACCCAGCGCCGCGUCUACGCGUACGUGCUGGAGCAACCGGAUCCAGUCAUCACCGUGCGCUCGGCCACCACAAACGAAGUGCUUGCCGUCCUCGAGCGAGAGGGUGAAGAUGCGCUGCCGUGUGCGCUUGCAUUCGAUGCGUCCGGGAGCCUCCUGUACGCCAUGGACGCUCCUCCACACCGCUCCCUCGUCCUCUGGAACUGGGCCGACCAGUCAAUUGUUGCGCGGGCGGAGGUUGAUGAUCCCGGGCACUUUCAUCUUCGCGUGAACCCCCAGCUGUGGACGCAAUGUCUCGUGUACAGCAAGGAGCACGCGUGCGUGUGGGAGGUGGAAAUUGUUCGCGACGCAUCUGUCGUCACACCGCGCGCCGUAAACCUGUCACUGACGACGAAGGAGCGACAGGGCUCGCGCUUCCUUCGCCGCACCUCUCUGGAGGAGAGCUUGAACCUGCAGAUGGUGUUUGAGGAGGAGACAACACUCACCAUCACAGACGCCUUCUUCUCCGACGAGACGAGUGUCGUGUGCGGCUGCGCGGACGGCGAGUUGAUUGAGGCUGACUUUGACACUGGGGCAACGCACGUGGUUGUGACGUCGUCCAAGUUUGGGGCGGGCGCAUUUGAUGCUCUGCACUGGCACGGUGAUUCGUCCACGCUUAUCGCAGCAGGACGGGACGGAGUGCUGCGGUGGUUCCUGUGGACAGAGGCGGCACCCACGCUCAUGCAUACACUCACAACCAACCUCACAACAGCCACCAUUGCCUCGGUUGGCCGGGUGCUGGCGAUUGCUGGACCGGAACACGUCUCGGUUGUCGCCAACCACCAGCUCAUCACAACCAGCAAUGGUGAUGAUGAUGAUGAUAGUGGUGAGGGUGGUGCGACAAGCAAUGUGACGGCUACGGAGCCAACAGUCAACACAAUCGUGCAGGGCGCCGCCUCACCAAGCACCGCCGUGUUCACCUCCGUCGUCCCAUCAUCAUCAUCGUCUUCAUCAUCAUCAUCAUCACACGCCGACGACGACCAACAACAACACGAGGAGCGAGUCGUCACUGUCACUGCCAGCGAGCUCGUCCAUCAGCACACCACGGGCGGUGCAUUCGUUGGCAGCGCCAGCAUCGCCAGCGUGGAUGCCGCCACCACCGCCGUCGCGUGUGCGUCCUGCUCCCCUGCGCUCAUCACAGGCUCCUCCAAAGGUUGCCUGCAGGCAUUUCGCCUGCUCCCCAGCGGCGGGUGCGAGCGCGUGUGCAAGCGGUUGGUGCACGGACAGCGCGUGAACGCUGUUGCUGUUGAUGAGACGGGAACCACGGUCGUGUCCGCCUCAAAGCGCCACUUUGUUGUGCUGGCGAUGCCCAGCUUGGAAGUGCGGUGCGCGGGUGAGGUGGAGCACGACAUUCUAAACGUGCGCGUUUCGUUCCACCAAGGCAGGACAGUCAUUGUUGUUCUCCUGCAGCAUCCAGACGCGUACACGCGCGCCCUCACAUUCGCCGUUCCCGAAGAUCAGAGCGUGCUUGCGGACAACUUCUUCUCCGACACGCUGCUGAAGAUUGACUUCAACAAGGCGCCCAUUAACGUGACGCGCCUGCCCCAAAAUGUGGACAAGGUCCUCCUUGCAGAACGCGUUUUGUUGUGCUGGGACAUUCGGUCCGGUUCCUUCUACGCGUGUGCGAGUCCAUCCCUCCGCCCAUCGCACGGCGACACGCCCCCAUUUGCAGAGCGCGUCGACAACGCACCAGAGCUGGAGGUGUUGGAGUCCUUCAGGGGCAUCUUCGGGCGGUCGUCCAGCGCUGCGCUCUCCGUCGCAGGCCACUUUGCCACGGCGUGUUCGUCCACGGGCCAGAUUGUGACCAUCCCCCUCACGCCGCCAGGCAGGAUUGGAUCACCACUCACCGUGAGCGUCACACGCACGCGCGCGCUGACCACAACCACGCCCGUCUCACACGUGGCGUGGACGCGUGACGCCUCCAAGCUUGUGGUUGCGUCAACGACGGGCUCGCUCGCCGCACUUGAAUUCUCUUCAGACACGGAGUGGCGUGGCAAGAUGCUUGGGAUUGCGAAACAGGCAACGCAAUUUAUUUCGGUGCAGCUGAUGGACAGUGCGUCCGAAGCGACAAAGCGACUCAUGCAGGCGCAGGCCGACCCUCUGCCUGCGAUUGCCGAGCAGCAGCAGCGCGGCUCAAUCGGAACUGGCGCUGGGAUGACUGCGGUGGAGGAGGCCGUGCAGGCCGCACAUGACCGCGCACUGCAGGAGGCGACGAGUGGUGAUGGCGACAUGCAGGCCGAGAUUACCGCCCUCCGCGAAAAGCUUGAAGCGCUGGUUGCCGCUAACAGCGCCGCGGUGCCGGAAGAACAGCUGGACAAGGACGAGUUUGUGCUUGAUCUGGAGCAGAAGGCGCGACUGCAGACCUCACUCGACGAAGCCGUCAACGCCCGACGCGCAGACAUCCAGACGGAGAUAUUGAAGGAGCAGUUCCACCGCAACAACAUCAAGCGGGAGUGCUGGGACGCAAUGGCGGUGCCCGGUAAACGCAUCUACGGCUUUGACAUCAAGCUCGAGGUGAUGAACUUUCCCCUUCGGAAACUGAGCGAGGCGGAAAAAAACGCAUUUGAUCGCAUCGUUUCCAUUCGCAGGACCGAAAUCGCCGUCGAAAACGCAAUUGAGAAGCUCAACAAGCAGGACGAGGCGCCUGCCACGCCGAUGACGCCGAUGACGCCGCUCACACCGCUGACAGGCGACGGCGCUGCCGCUGUCAAGAGCUCCAGUGGCGAUGGUGAUGGCGGUGAAGGUGAUGGUGAUGGUGACAACAAGGCAGACAGUGGCGGUGGUGGUGAUGGAAGCGGCGGCCAGGGCGACAAGGGCAAGAAUGGCGGCGAUGGUGGCGGUGAUGAGGACACGGAGGAUGCUGCCGAGAAUGUGCGGCCGCUGCUGUACCACCCGCUCAAUCUUCAGACGGCCCCGCGCAAGCGCAUGCAGAUUGUCCUGCUGGAGCGAUACGUGCGCCAGCUCAAGAAGGCCUUCAAUGUCACGUUUGAGGAGUUCCUAGAGCUGAAGCGGGAGGAGGCGCAGAAGAUUGGCGCAAAGAACGAGGAGAUUAAGAAAAUUUGCAGAGAGCUCAACAAGCGGCCCACCCUCUACACCCCAAAGAAACACACGCUCGAGCACCCAGAGGAUCUGCUCACGGUGCGUGACGAUGAGAUUACGGUUGAGCGGGUGCUCACGGCUGAGGAGCGACGGAAGAAGGAGGAGGAGGACAGACUCGAAGCCGAGCGCAGGGCAGCCGCUGCCAAUGACAACGCCCGCGAGCGCGGCGUACACGACAUGAUGUAUGGGCGACUGGAGGGCAAGGCGGAGGACGAUGUGUGGAUUGACAUUCCGCAGCCCUCGUUCAUGACGCAACUGCACAAGGAAGAGUGGACCGACGAGCAGAAGCGCGAGGCGCAGGCGUACGAGGCUGCGCAUGCCGAGCUACUUGAGCGACGCGACAAGCGCAGAAAGGCGUUGGACGGACAGCUGCGCACACUGCAUGGCCAAAUCAGAGACAUCCGGCGCCACUUUGACUCGCGCCUUGAGGACCUGUUCCGGCAGCGGAUUGAGGCCGAGCAGGCGGUGGCACGGGAGGAGCUCGCUGUGCUCAAGCUCGCCAAAUCGCUGCAGGACGAACAGGACAUUGUGGACGAGGCGAUGGCCAUUCGCGAGCAGCUGCAGCGGCACCGCCAGCAGCAGGGGCCGCGCUCCCACGCCGUGCAGGCCGCACAGCAGGUCGUUGCUGAGAUCAAUGAGGAACUUGGGGAGGCGCAGCACGCCGAAAAGCAGCUAGAGAAGUCCUUCCGUUCCCGUCGCGAGUUUGCGGACCUGGACUCCGGCACCGUUGACCUCCUCUUCAGGUUGUUCAAGCGCCGUCCGAAGCGCGGACAGCACCGGUCGUCGCUGGCGCCGCUGACAGACGCCGACCGCCCGCAGGACAUUGAAGACGCCGUCUGGGCAAGGGUGGUGAAGCUCCGAGACGAGAAGAUUGAAAGUGAAAUACGCGUGCGGGAGAAGAUGGCUGAGCUUGCCGAGGCCGAGGAGUAUUUGUCGCGGCGGCGGGAGCAGGAGACGGAACUCGUCAACGCCAUUGAGAGCGCACUCUACCGGCUGACUGAGCUUGAGCAGCAGCGUGCUGCGCUGAAUGUGGACGUGGAAGUGCUCAUUACUGUGCAGAACGGGCAGGUUGAGAUUCAACACGAGAACGACUUUGAUCCCAUGUUCCACAACGCAUUGCUGAUUCCACGCACAGUGGUCGAAGACCUCAAUGCAACCACGCGCAAGCUUGCAGAGACAAUGCUAACACGCGCACAUCUUUACCUUUGCAUGCACUCAUUCUGA